UUUUUCUGCUCGCCCAUCCCAUUCACCCACCUAUUCCCUCUCAAGGCUGCCCUUCUUUCCUGCCAGUUGUGCUGACCGGCUGCUCCGCCUGCCACUCUGCUGCCAUCACCACCGACUGCACACUAGUUGCAACGUGCUAGAAGCGAAACAACCUCAGGUGUCGGCGGUGCGAGCGCAGCGGCAGGAGCGGGUAUGGCGGCGUCGAGCAGCAGCGCGUCGAGCAGCGUGACCAACAUCUCGGAGUUCCAGUCGCUCGCCCGGGAGAAGCUGCCGAAGCAGGCGUACGACUACUACGCGUCGGGCGCCGAGGACCAAUGGACGCUCGCCGAGAACCGCAACGCCUUUGAGCGCAUCAGGUUCCGGCCGCGCAUUCUGAUCGACGUGUCGAGCGUGGACACGACGACGAGCGUGCUGGGCCACCGCAUUUCCAUGCCCAUCAUGCUCGCCCCCACCGCCUUCCAGCGCAUGGCGCACGCCGAAGGCGAGCUGGCGACAGCGCGGGCGGCGGCGAAGUUCGACACAGCCAUGGUGCUGUCGUCGUGGGCGACGAGCAGCGUGGAGGAGGUGGCGUCGGUGGGCCCCGGGCUGCGCUUCUUCCAGCUCUACGUGUACAAGGACCGGCAGGUGGUGGAGCAGCUGGUGCGGCGCGCCGAGCGCGCGGGGUUCAAAGCCAUUGCGCUCACCGUCGACACGCCCCGCCUCGGCCGCCGCGAGGCCGACAUAAAAAAUAGGUUCGUGCUGCCGCCUCACCUCACUCUCAAGAACUUCGAAGGACUCAACCUUGGCAGCAUGGAUAAGUCGCAGGAGUCAGGGCUGUCGUCGUACGUGGCAGGGCAGAUCGACCGCUCGCUCAGCUGGAAGGACAUUGCAUGGCUCAAGUCAAUCACUUCACUCCCCAUUCUGGUCAAGGGAGUGAUCACAGCAGAGGAUGCGGAGAUCUCGAUCGAGUACGGGGCGGCGGGCAUCAUUGUGUCGAACCACGGCGCGCGCCAGCUGGACUAUGUGUCCGCCACCAUCUGCGCUCUGGAGGAGGUGGUGAAGGCGGCGCGUGGGCGGGUGCCUGUGUUUCUGGAUGGUGGUGUGCGGCGCGGCACGGAUGUGCUCAAGGCGCUGGCCCUCGGCGCUGCGGGUGUCUUCGUGGGGCGCCCAGUGCCGUUUGCGCUGGCGGUGGACGGGCAGGCGGGCGUGGAGAAGCUGCUGGGCAUCCUCAGGGACGAGUUUGAGCUCGCACUCGCACUGGCGGGGUGCACCAAGGUGGCGGACAUCAAACGCUGCCACGUCGAGACGGAGGAGGACCGCCUGCGCAAAGCGCUCGUCGCCCGCCUCUGAUUCACCCACCUCCUUCACCCCCCCUCGUGCCACUUCUGCUCUCGCCUCAGUCCUCUUAUUGCUGGAGCCAUUUUUUGGUGUGCAUAUUAGGUGCGUAGUUUAUUGAAUGUAUAAUUGCAUGUCCUCUCCAAUGGUUAUACAGCUCUCUGAGAAUGUGCACGUAGUCUAAGGGGGUGUAUCAUGUAGCUGAAUAGCACGACGUCAAACUUGUGACGUCGAGUAACCACUUCCAAACGCACAAGAAGUCUCUA